AUGCCAAGAACAAACUGUAUACAUAGUAAAAAAAACAAAAAAGGCUCAGAAUAUUCUGGAUUUGUACGCCAUAUAGCUGAAACUAUCUUUGGCACUGAAACUUUGAAAAACAGCUCGGUUACUGGCAAACAAUCUGGAAGGACUAAAGCUCCGGCAAAGCCAAAACUUGAUCUCAAGUUGUUAGGAGCUGUUAUAGAUAUUUUUAAAUAUUAUUUGGCAAUUGAAGUCCAAUUGGAUCCAGUAAGAGUCGCGCAAGAAGUUAAAGCUACAGGCGAGCAUAUCGCUAGUAAAAUAGCCGAUAUAAAUCGCAAAAGUAAAAAGAAAAUUUGCGAUCCAGAAGGAGCAAGCGAUAAUGUACUUGAGGAGGUAGAGGCACAAGUAACUGUCAAUUUGGAUAGUAUAAAUCAACCAGAAUCAAGUUCAAAAAAUGAGGAAGGUGAAGGCAGCGAUACUGAUGAUGAUGAAAACGACAAUGAUGAUGAUGAUGAUGAUGGGGAAAACGGCAGUGAUGAUGAGGAGAAUAGUGAAGACGAAAUUGAAUCUAAUCAUGAUGAAUAA